AUGCUUGCUAUCACACACAUCACUUACCUAUCUCCAGUACAUUCCCUUCUUCCUCUACAUACGUGCAACAAUUGUAUAUUGUUCAUCGCGAGCAUGGUUUCUUCCUCCAACGUGGUUUUCGUGGCUCUAGCUAGCAGCUGCCUCAUCCUCCUUCAUUCGAGCAGCAUCUCUGGCUGGUCCGAUGGGGGUGCGACGUGUGGUACGGUCCCCGCGAAGGCGCCGGCACUGACGGUAGGUGGUGCAUGCGGGUACCAGGGCGACAUGGAGCAGCCGCCGUUCUCCGCCAUGGUCACGGCGGGCGGCCCCUCUAUCUUCAAGAAUGGUAGGGGUUGCGGCGCUUGCUAUCAGGUUAAAUGCACCAGCCAUCGCGCUUGCUCCGGGGUCCCGGUGACCGUGGUCGUGACAGACCAGUGCCCCGGUGGGCCGUGCCUGUCGGAGGCUACCCACUUUGACCUCGGCGGGAAGGCAUUCGGCGCCAUGGCCAAGCCCGGCCAGGCCGACAAUCUCCGCAGAGCCGGCAGCCUUAGAGUCCAAUACAACCGGGUUCCGUGCAACUGGCAUGGGCUGGACAUCGCCUUCAGGGUGGACGGCGGCUCCAAUCCCUACUACCUUGCGCUGCUCAUUGAGGACGAGGCCGGCGACGGCGACCUGUCGGCGGUCGAGCUUCAGCAGCGCCGCGGCAGCUGGGCGCCAAUGCAGGAGUCGUGGGGCGCGGUGUGGAAGUACAACUCCGGGUCCACUCUGCAGGCACCCAUAUCGAUCCGUCUCACCUCCGGCUCUGGCAAGAAGCUCGUCGCCCGCAAUGUCAUCCCCUCCGGCUGGCAGGCCAGCAGGACCUACCGAUCCAUCGUAAACUUCCAGUGA